GGUAAGAGGAAACCCUUAACUGCUCCAGUUCACCCUUUUACUUCCCCUGCAUUUUCACUCCCACCCGACGAACGUGUGUGCGCUCAGGAGGAGAAUGGCAGCAUCAUCUGCACAGAGACCAAGUGGGCCCUGCAAAACGCUGGCUUUAGCAUUGCUCGUCAUCGCCUCGCUCUUAAAUGCGGGAGUCACGGCGCAGGAUGUUGUCACGACGCAGGAAGUUGUCACAGCGACGGUGCCAACGACGCCGCCGGAGGCGUACGUACGAGGAGAGAUGAUUCCCAUGAAAACCGAAGCUCCUGAGCCGGAGGAUCCACAAAUCUUGGUUUUUCCCACCAUGGGCCCUUCGACCGAAGCGACCGAACAGACCACAGCAGCAGCAUCGCCAACGGCUACAGAAGAGGCGGCUGACGAGGGGACGGAGGCCACGGUCGAGAUUUACGCCAUCACAGUGGAAAUCAUGGCGGCAGAGACCCCAGCACGUCAGCCUGCCAGAGGCGACGGCCCCAACAACAUACCACGGCUGGUGCCACAGGAUGAUGUCGUCUGUGUCAGCAAAGAGGCCGUCCAGGACAAAAACGCAGUCAAUCUAAAACUCAAGGCCUCCUCCAACUGUAAAGACACCAAAGUGAAGAUCGAAAGUGUUCUGCAGGAGCUGUGUGGUGAAGACUGUAAGCUAGACAUCUACCAAGAGGACGACUCCGACCAAAUCCUCGUGUCUGGGAAAUAUGUUGAAGACGAUGUUGCAGGCAUGGCUGACAAGUUCAACAACGACAACAUCAAAGAUAAGACCGACGUGGAGGCGGCUGUACCUCGUUGGGGGAAGAACUCUAAGUUGGUGCUGGUUUCCCUGCUGCUGACUGGCCUGUUGCUGGCUGCCCUGCUGGUAGCUGGUUAUUACCUCAAGACCCACCGCAAGACCUCCAAAGGAGUCAGACUGGCCGAAUCUUUCCAGGUGGACGAGGAGAACCAGGCCAACACCCUGGUGUCCGUAGCCCCCCUACCCCAAGAGCCCCUCGACAAGCUGACCGUCAACGGCGAGUCUCCACCAGAAAAUGGGAACAACCCCGCCCCCACCACCAACGGACACUCUGCCACCCAGACUCCAGUGGCCGACACAGAGAUGUGAAUCGCGACACCCCUGACCUCCCGUUCUUCCCAUCACCCGCCGGGACACACUAACCACAAGGCCCUCUGCUGCCUCAGAGUCUGUCCGCACACUGAGACAAAUUCAAUAGGAAUCCACCACACGCGUUCACCCUACCCUCCUCAGCACCUCUCGGGACGACGACGAAGCUCGUGACCAUGAUGACGAUAAUGACAAUGCCUGUAAUGUGAAAAAAAAAGUUUGGGAUCACUGGCCUUUGCUGGUGCCAAAAAAAAGGGGCCUACACACGCUGUGUUUGGGACCGAGACUGCUCAGCGGGGCGCUGACUGGGAUUUGUUAGUUGCCCUGACUUCAGUCUAGUUCUAAUAAUCCUUGUAGAAUCCCUCGAAAUAAUGCCAAAUAUGUGCUGUUGAUUCCCCGAGAAGCAGCAGCAAAUGAUCUGUUAUUUCAAUCUGCAAUUGUGGUGCAAUGAAACCAAUGAAGCCAUGCAGUUGAAGGGAGACCAGCUUUGUUUACUCUUAUACUGACGCUCACUCGAUUGUGUUUUUUUUUGUCUAUUCGAUUAGUGAAAUGUUUGUUUUCGUAGCCUCUCUUUUUGCCUGGACCUUGUUAAGACCUAUAGUGGGAGAUGGGCAAACAAGCAGUGGAAAAAUAGUCAAACUGUAAUAAGAAAAAAAACUGACAUGUUUGAAAAAAACGUUCUUGUUACUGACGUACAACACGGAACAAGGACAGCACGCGUGUUCUUUGGGAGGUAUCGAAUGACGCUAUCAAGCUAUUCAAAACAUGGAAAUGUCCGCUGAAGAUAGCAUUUGCCUCAAUGCUUUAGACUGAUGAGCAUCAUGAACAACUGAACCCUGACAAACCUUUGGUCAGAGGUUAACUGGGUUAGGUUGCAAAGUACUUUUUCAUUUUUGUAAUAGUGUGGUGAUUUUAAUAAUGACAUCCGUGUACAGAUUUGUUGUUGUAUUUUUUAUUUUUUUUUAAAUGCAAACCUUUACUUCUCUCACUACUGUCUUUGGGAUUGAUGAAGCAUUUUUUAAAUUCAGAGAAAAAGGAAAAAUGUUUUCAAGUUACCAAGCUGGUAAACAGAAUCCCUGCCGGGAUAUUUCUACACAACAUAAAGCAGAUGCAGCAUUCUCAGAUCGCUUUUAUCUCCUUGUUGAUAUAAAACUGUUUUUUUUUUUUAGAUCAGUGGUACAUAUUUUUUUAGCUUCUCUUUUGAACAUCUGGCUGCUUUCAUAAUGUACCGCAUGUGUAAAUACGCCUGCUCUCUCUGUUAGUAGUACCUGUGUCUGACUCAUAAACUGUGAUUG